AUGGCAGUGGCCGCUAGAGACAACCCAGCAAACACCUGGAUCUACGAUACAAGCAGUUCCCACCACCUGACCCCUGAUCUCGAUUCCUUGACUGAAUACCAUAAACUUGUAUCUUAUAAAUACUACAUCUACAGCACCUCAGAAGGGACUAACACCACGGCUAAAUCAGCCAGCUAUAUUACUGUCUACCUAGAAUCCCCGACCGGGAAACCAACAGCGUUGAAGAUCAAGGCAUACUACCAACCAAGUUUGGAAUAUGGCCUCCUUUCAGCAGAUCGCCUCUAUACUGACUUCAAUCUCUACGGGACUAUUAAAGACCUGACUCUAUAAGAUCUAGAUACUGAUCAAACUGCAGGCUAUCUACAGAUAUCAAAGAACAUCACCUUCAUCAGACUUACUGAGCCAAAC